AUGGGAGAUUGGUAUGAUAAACUUUCACAAUCUUUUAGGGAUACUGCAAAGGAAGUAUUGGCAAAGACAGAUAUUGAUCCAAAUGUUAGGUGCUUCCCAAAAAGACAGAUGAAGCGCAUCACCAACAACUACAGCACUACCCUGGGAAGAGGAGGGUUUUCUGUGGUGUACAAGGGUAGGCUCGACGAUGGUCGUUCAGUGGCAGUGAAACAAUAUAAUUGGAGAACACAGAAGGAGUUCACAAAAGAGGUGAUCAUACAGUCUCAGUGUAGCCAUAAGAACAUUGUUAGGCUAUUGGGCUGUUGUGUAGAGGCCGCUGCUCCGAUAUUGGUCACCGAGUUUGUCCCCAACGGAAACCUUUCUGACCUUCUACACGGCAACAGUGGACUGCUUCCUGUCACAUUAGAGACACGCUUACAGAUUGCGCUGGAUGUAGCAGAAGCACUUGUAUAUAUGCAUUGCUCCCAAAGUUAUCCAAUCCUUCAUGGAGAUGUCAAACCGUCAAACAUUCUUCUGGGUGACAAGGGUGUAGCGAAACUGUGUGACUUUGGAAUAUCAAGGCUGCUCUCUAUGGAUAGUGAUGAAUACACAGGAUUUGUUAUCGGAAGUAAAGGUUAUGUGGAUCCUGUUUUCUGCCAGACUGGGCGAUUAAGCCAAAAAUGCGAUGUCUACAGCUUUUGGGUGGUUCUUUUAGAACUCUUCACCAGAAAGAAAGGAAUUGAUGACAUGAAAGUGUGUCUUGCAGAAAUUUUUGCUUGUUCCAGUAGGAAAGGUGAUGAACAUAAACUAUUUGACAUGGACAUCGUAACCAAUGAGAAUAUGGAGUUUCUUCAAGGAAUUGGCAGGGUCGCACUCGAAUGUAUAAAGUUUGAAGUAGAGGAACGGCCAGAGAUGAGGCUAGUUUUAGAGCAGCUUUUGAGUCUCAAAAGAUCCCGAGAUAAGAGCAUUCAUGAGAUGCUGGUUGUACGUAAAGAGAUUGAGGUAUUUUUGAGAGGAUGUGGUUUUGGAAGAUUUAUAUUGAGUAAAGAGAGUGUGGAUGACUUGAUAUGCAACUUGAAAAUUGUUCUGAAGGAAUGUGCGUCAGGCAAGGCUUACAUAGGGAAAUCUCGCGGCACACCACUGAUGGCGAUAAAGAUGUCAACUGCAGUUACAGAGAAAUGGAAAGACAUGCUUGGGAAUGAAAUAGCUGUCCAAUCUAGAAUUAAGCACAUGAAUGUUGCCAAGCUUAUCGGUUACUGCUUAGAUCAUUCGGAUGGUACAGUGCUUAUAUACGAGUACGGUGCAAUUAGCUUGUAUGAUGUUCUUUUUGGUGAUGCGGGGAAGAUAUAUCGUCCCUUCACUUGUGACCUGCGCCUGAAGAUUGCGAUUGGUGCUGCAGAGGGCAUUGCUCACCUGCAUUCACUUGGCGUCGUGCAUGGCGAUGUCAGCAUUAACGACAUACUGCUGGAUCAUGUCUCUUCGUCCCUGGUAAAGAUUGCUGGCUAUGGGACAUCAGGGCUCCCUGACAUCGACAAGGCUCUGGAUUCGCUUGAAACCGGUCAUGGGAAGAAGGAGCAUGAUGUGUACAGUUUUGGGCUUGUUCUCCUAACCCUCUUCACGUGGAAGAAGGUGUCACUGCCACAUGAUCUCAAGUCCGAGCCUGACAAACCUGUGCUACUGCACCAGGAAGCCAUCCGUGGGCGUAGAUGCAAUCAUCUUGAGAUGAUCAAGGGCUUGGCUUCACGGUGUCUGACGUCCGAGGCGACGAAGAGACCAUCCAUGGUGGAAGUAGCAAAACAUCUCAACUUCAUACUUAUUUUUCCUGAAAGGAGGAAAACUUGCCAUGACCUGGCGAUUUAUCAAUCUCGAAUGCUUUCGGACUAG